AUGCCUCUCUCUCUCGCUGCCGCUCUGUCGCUAUCUCUCUUUCUUUCCCCACCGUCAAACACCAGCACCACGACCACCACGACGCCGCCAAGCUCCGCUACAACAAGCUCCGACACCGCUAGCCUCUCUGCUGACAACAUCGCGCUGCGCAGCACCCUCCGUCUGCUGAUGCUGCAACGUGAUCGCGCUAAGCGCGACAUCCACACUCUCGAGGAGAUGCGCGAGGAUGCGUUGCGGGAGCCGCUAGAGUUCAUCGAAUUCAUUCAGAGUCAGAAGACUGGUCGUAGCAGCCGUCCAAAUUCGGCUUCAUCGUCCAGGGAUUCCGACAAGAAACCCAACUUCUUUACCGGACGGGAGCUCCCGAAGCCGCAGGAGAUAUACCGCUGUCCUCCGAUCGAGUGGUCCCAGUACCGGAUCCUCGGUGCUCCCUUGGAUGCGCUUCACGACAAGCAGAGACGCCGAGCUUCGCCGUCAAGGCCCUCGAAUGCUGCCGGACAGGGUGCCGCUGCUGCCGCUGGUGUUCCGCCAAGUAUGCAGACCGGAGGCAUCAUCGGCAUGCCACCAACGGAGUACGGAGAGGAUACUGGACUCAUGCAGGGACGCAUGCGCAUGUUUGAUGGCAUCGGUCAACGCGGUAGUGUCGUCGGUCGUUAA